GUCUGAACGGUCACCCAAAAGCAAAACGCGAACGCUAAAUCCCCACAAAAAAAUGUGUCUCAAAUAGUUUUAAACGUGCAAAAUCUCAAUAAAUUAGGCUUCUUUUAGUUUAUAAAUCAAAAAGCAGUAUUCUCCAAACCGUCGCAUUGCUAUUUGCAUUUUGCAAUUGCUUUACCAACGCCCCAACGCCUUUUGUAUUGUGUACGCUGUUCUUGUUGUUGUUGCGUCCACUUGUUUUCAGAAUUGUGCAAGGACGCUGUUGUUGUCCUCGACAGGCAAAAGCGCAACAAUUAGAAGGCGCAACAAGGCGGAUAACGGCGUAAGAUACCAAAACGUAAUAUGGACAGCGAACACAAUGCAACAGCGAAUUCAUCUGGAGCAGCUGAUGAGAAUGACAGCGACAAUGAUGUGGUUACUGAUUUUUUAAACUCAAACUGCAGCGACGUGUCAGCAGCCACAGCAGCUCCCAUUACUAAUGGCUCAGCUGGAGUCUCAGCCAAAAUUCUCAAUGCUACGCCGCGCGUCACUGUCGAGAGUCAAAACUAUUGUAUACCUGUUAUCAAUGCACCUGUAACUGUUGCUGCGCAUAGCAGCAGCAGCAGCAACAUCAACAACAAUAUAAGCAACAACGCCAGCAAUAACAAUAACAACAUGAUACCCACUAUCAAUGUCACGCCCCACAGCCCAGCCUCGGCCUCCAAGUACAACAAUAUUUUCGAGGACACGCUCAGCCAGCUGCAGAACAUACGCGAGACGGUGCAACAAAUGAAAAACUCCUCCUCGAGCCAACAACAUCAGGAUGGCCUUGCCAACUAUGGAUUGCUAAAUGCAGCUUUACUUAGCACAUCGCUGCCUGAUCUCAGCAAUGCUGGCAAUGGUGGCACUGGCGGUCCUGGCGGCGUGGGCGUCAUGUGGUCUGCAGCGCCACAACAAUGUCUGCUGCUGCAUACAGAUCGACGCAAGUCCUGGACGGCUGUGGAUGACAGCGCUGCGGGCGACUGCACCAACAAGAGCGUAAGCUUAUCCAGCCUGGAUAGCGAGGAGCAGGAAACCAUACGCGUCACUGAGCAGCGUCGUCGCUCCGCACGCAACAGCACUGGCGGUAUUUCAACGCAUUCGCUUAACGAGGCGGAGCUGGCGCGAGAUUUCGAGCGAAUUGCAGCGAAGCGUAGUCUGGCCACAGAGAUAAUCAGUCGCAUACCAUUGCAGAAAAGCAUCUCGACAUCCUCGAUUAUCGCCAAGGAGGACAUCAAGGCAAUAGCGCGUCACUUGACGGACAGCGAGGAUGAGAAUCAGAGUCUGUUGCGUUCGCAUGCGAAGAUUGAGGUGUACGACCACGUAGAGAAGCGACCCAAGCGCGGAUCAUUAUUCUUUCGCAAGAAGAAACCCAAGGCCAAGACGAAGUCGCUGGUGGGCGGUGUGCAGCUGCACGACGUGGAGCUGGAGUGCAAUAGGCUGCAGAACAAGAAGCUGGCGUCGGGGCAGGAUUACUGCGAUGGCUCCGAGGAGCAUCAGGAGGAGCAACAGCCGCUUAUACGCGCGGCUGAGCUGCAAUUUCUCAAUGAGCCGCCCAUAGAAGCGCAAGACUUGGGCGCCGAUCCAGCGCUGGGCAUAGUGCUGCUCGAGCCGGACAGCUGGACGCCCAAUGUGCCCAAGGAGCAGUUGAAGCAGCUGAAGGAGCUGCAAAUUAAACGACAGGAGCACAUCUAUGAGUUCAUUAUGACGGAGAAGCAUCACUGCCAGACUCUAAUAGUCAUGCGCAAAGUAUUUGUGGAAAGUCUGGAGCGGCAUUUUCCCUCGCUGAACAUACACAGCAUGUUUCCACGCCUGCAGCAGCUAACGGAGCUGCACACUUGCUUCUUGAGAAUGCUGCGGCAGAAGCAGCGCGAGCAGCUCGUGGUGGACAGCAUAGCAGACAUAUUGCUGGACUUUUUCUCGCUGGAGCAGGCGCAGUGUCUGCGCUUGGCCUAUGGCGAGUUCUGUGCCAAUCAUCGCAGCGCCCUGGAGCAGUUCAAGCAGUGCCUGGGCGAGCCCAGCUUUGCCGAGUGGUACAAGCAUUGUCUGCAGAAUCCGCUGCUCAAGAAGAAGGGCAUACCCGAGUGCAUUCUGUUUGUAACCCAGCGUCUAACCAAAUAUCCGCUGCUCAUUGAGCCGCUGCUUAAAAGCGCGCGUGACAAUAAAUUGGAAACGGACAAGCUGCAACAUGCGCUGAACCUGGUCAAGUCGCUGCUGGUGGAUGUGGACGCCUGCGUGGCGGAGAAGGAGCUGCGUGAGCGUCAGUUGGAGAUCUAUGCGCGCAUCGAUGCCAAAUCCUUUGCUAUAUACAAGAACAAGCCGUUUCGCAAAACGGAACUGGGCGUGGAGUCGCGGCGACGCUUGAAGUUCGAUGGACUGGCGACGCUGAUGCAGGGACGCGCCAAGACGCAGCUGGUGCUGGUGGUGGUGCUGACCGAUUGUCUUUGCUUUCUCAGCGAGAACUCGGCGCACAACAAAUACGCGUUCUUUACGCCGGAGCACAAGGCGGGCGUCGUGCCGCUGCAGAAGCUGCUGAUACGCGAAAAAGCGGGCACCGAGUCGCGUGGCAUUUACAUCAUCAGCUCCAAUCCCGACUUUCCCGAAAUGUAUGAGCUCAAAGUGCAAACGCCCAAGGACAAACACACUUGGAUACAAACUAUACGCCAAGCGGUGCUCGACUGUCCGGCUACGGAUAUAAUUGAAGCGGAAGCGCUGACGGCGGAGGAGAAACUGCGCAUUGGCGUGAACAAGCGUGAGACUAUAGAGAAGAUGCGGCAAAAGGACAUCGAGCAGGCGCUGCUGCUGGAGGAGAAGCUUAUGCUGCAAUUCAAUCUGCUCAAGCAGCAGCAACCUUUCGGCGAUGUGGCCACCAAUGCCAAUGGCAGCGCUGCCAAUUUUCUGGCCGCCUUUGGCAGCUACAAGGAGCUGGUCAGCAGCGACUGCGACACCUUCGAGCUCUGGCGACGCGUGCUCAACACUGUGCAGGACAUCAGCCAGCUGGCGGCCAGCAUCUAUAGCGCCGCCACUGGCCAGCCCGUCUCCCGCACUGUCAGCAGCGUGGGCGAGAAGCAGAGCGUGCUCUAUGCCUCGCCAACGCUGCCGAAGCGCGCCGAGACUUUCGCUGGCUUCGAUGAGAAACGUGGCAAGCUGCCGGCUGGCAAGCUAGUGUUGACGCCGCGCCUGCAAGAGCUGGAGGAGAAGCGUGAGCUGAAGACGUGCAACGAAGCGACGCAGCCGCCGCAGCAGCUGCAGCUGCAUGCCAGCACGCUGCCGCCAGGUGGCGUUAGCAAGGAGCACAACUAUGCCGUGUUGCAAGUCUCGCAUCAUCUGCAUACGCUGCUCUGCAUCAUUUCGCAGCAGCUGACCUGCAUCCACAGUCUGCAGCUGCAGCUGGCGUUGUAUAGAGAAACGGCUAGAAGCACGAGCGGCGCCAGCGCCAGUUAUACGCACAAGGAUCAGCUGGAGGAGCUGCGCAAUUUGCAGGACAAGCUGCAAGAAGAAAAAACCGUUUGGCUACGCCAGAAGCAGCAACAGAUGGAUGAGCUGGCGGAAAUGCGUGCGCAGCAGCUGCAGCUGCAACAGCAAAUCAAGGCCGAGCAGGAGGAUGUGCGUCAGCAGCGUGAGCAGCUCUAUCGCAAAAUGGAGCUGCUCAGCAGUCAGGGCUUGCUGCUGUCGCCCAGCACGCCGCUGCCUGCGCUGGCGCCUGUAGCGCUGCCCGAGGAGGCCCACGAGCUGGACACGCCCACAGCAACAACGCCCACCACAACAGCUGGCGGCGGCGGCGGCGUCGGCACUACCUCAACCAUGGAUCGUCGCAAGGACAAAUGGCUCAAUAGCGCAGCCAGCAACAAAACGCCGCCAGUGCAUCUGAUGAGCGCCAAUAAUGCGCCCAAGCUCAACUCAACGCUUGUCAAACAAAAGCUGCCCAUGAAGCUCUCCUCGCUCUCCUCAGCCAAUGCGCGUGUGGACAAGUCCGCCAGCUUUAGCAACAGCGGCGCUGCAGCCGCCACAGCCAGCAGCGGCAUACAGCAGCUGUUUCCAUUGAAGCUAGCCGACAAGCAGCGCACGCCCCAAACGAUGCCCACGUCGACAGCGACGCCUACGCCGCAGCAUUCGCGCACCGGCAGCUCGCCUGCAAUAAUACAGCAGACGACAACAACAACAACAAGCACGCCUAGCUCGCAGCCACAGUACAGUUAUAGUGCUGCGCAGUCGCGGCUAGCGCAGACGCCCACUAGCAGUCGCAGCGCUACUAUGGCGACAACUGCAGCAGCGCAGUCGCGCUCAGCUGGGCCUCGUGCCAAAGCUGAGGAGGAAGAGAUUUACUUCUGACGCAAAUUUACGCCAGAAGUUGAAAUCUAA